AUGCCCCUUUAUCCAGCACUCGAAGAGAUCAAAGACUCUCUCCUGGCAGAGCAGCUAGCUAUUCUCAAGCGCCAGUUGGACUCGGAACAGCCAAAUGUCAGUCCUCAGACUCGAUUCAACUACGGAUGGGGACUCGUGAAAUCUCCAGAUCGCAAGCUCCAGCAGCACGGACUCGAGCAAUUGGCCCAAGUUUACAGAGAAGAGAACUCCAUGCACAGAGAAGCACUCUACUACUUGGCGGUGGGGUCUUAUAAGGUGGGAGAGUACAGUAAUGCUCGUCGCUACUGCGAUGCGUUGCUCAAAUCAGAACCAGAUAAUAGCCAGGCUCGAGCUCUCAAGGAAAUGGUGGACGACAAGGUUACCCAGGACGGCUUGAUAGGCUUGGGUGUGGCUGGUGGUUUGCUUGCGGUGGGCGUAGGAGUGAUAAGUGCAUUGGCACGGCGGAAAAGAAAGUGA